GCCAUGGCCACUCUAGCUCGGCUGCAGGCUCGGUCGUCGUUUAUAGGAAAUCAGUAUUACUUUAGGAACAGUAUUGUAAAUGAUUUUAGAAAAUGGGAGAACGAUGCAGCAGUUAAAAUCCAGAGCUGGUUUCGAGGAUGUCAAGUUCGAGCAUAUAUCAGGUAUUUACACAGAAUAGCAACGAUUAUUCAAAAGUGGUGGAGAGGUUACUUAGGCAGAAAACAAUUUCAAGUUCUUGUCGAGUUAGCAAAUUAUACUAUGAAGAUGGAUCACUAUAAUACAAUGGCUGUCGAGAUUCAGAGACGCUGGCGAGGCUUUAGGAUUCGGAAGUACUGCUUUAAUUAUUUUUAUUUGAAAGCGUACUUGAAAGCUAUCUCAGAGACCAAUGAUACAAUUAGGGAGGCCCUGGAGGAGUUUGCAGAGAUGAAAGAACAAGAGGAGAGGAAGGCUGCCAUCGAGAAGGAAGAGAAGGAGAGAAAUUACCAAGCCCGAAAGAUGCAUUACCUCCUCAGCACAAAGCAGAUUCCAGGUAUAUACAAUUCACCAUUCAAGAAGGAGCCUGAUCCGUGGGAGCUGCGGCUACAGAAGGCAAAGCCUUUACAGCACCGACCACCAAGAGUGAAGUAUAACAAGCACACCACUAACCUUGAUGAGUGGCUGGAAUGCACAAGUGCCCGCUCUUUCCCCCGGGCUGUCUGCCUGCCACCCAUUAACCGGAAGCUGUACCAGGGGCCCUUCCGAGAUAUAAACGAGGUAUUAGAACAACGCUACAAGCCUUUGGAGCCCACAUUGCGAGUGGCAGAACCAAUUAACCAGUUAAACUUAACGAGAGAAGAGUUCAAAAGACAAGAACAGUUGCUAAAUGUAAAUGACAACAUGUUUUUGCCAUUUUCCUGCUACCAUAAAAAAGAAAAAUAUAUACCAUUAAUACAUUCAUCAAGCAAGUAUCAUCCUGAUUCUCCAGAUGAACAUCAGUUUCGAAGUGAGAACCCUAAGAAAUGGAUAUCUGAUAAGGAUUUCCAGACUGUAUUACCCUCAUUUGAUCUCUUCUCAAAGUAUGGGAAAUUGUACUCAAAAGCUGGACAAAUUAUAUAAAGAAAACAAAAGAAGACAAGAUAGAGAGAUGAAGUUAAGCUGUGAAGCGAAGGUGAACUAGAAGAACCCCUUGCCUGGAGUCCUGAAUUCUGUUUCCAUGGAUGAAGAGUAACCUUUACCCAAACGUGCUAAACCUCUGCUCCUUUCUCUUUCUGUUAUCUGU